AUGGCGUCUAUUACAUUCAACAAGAACUGGGUCAUCAUCGAAGCAGAUGCAGACGUUGAGAAGAUCAACUUCGGCUUCUUUGAAGCUGACGCUGGAUCUGUCUCAUCUGCACCCACGUCCGGAAAGUCUGAGAAGGCUACCGCGCACUACAAACAGAACAAUCCGCCACCCCAGGCAUACAUUGUUACUACACAGGCGAAUUUCACGGAAGACGCCCAUGUAACAAUCAGAGGUGGCGGGAAGAGUAGUAACACUAUUGUUGCUCAGGAUCGGGUUGGUACUAUGGGUGUGUGGACCCUUGUUGGUAAAUAA